AUGCAAAGACUUUUCGAAAGAUUAAAUCAAAUUCAACAAAGAAACCUAAGAAGAAUCACUAUAAAUUAUAGAAGAACAAUAGGAAUUCAAAGACCAAGAAUAGGAAGAUCAUUUAUUUAUCCAAGACAACAAAGAUUAAUCAGAUCAUUACAAGGACAAAUAAAAAAUGAAGAUGAUUUUACAAAUUCUGAUAUCAUAAAUAAUUUUAUGAAUGAACUUAGAAAUAAUCAAAAUACAGAAAGACAAUUAAUAAGAUAUGGUACUAUAACAAAUAUUCCAAAUGUCCCAACUAUUCCAAAUAUACAAAUAAAAAAUAAUUUUAUGAAAGAAUUAGGAAUACAUUCUAAAAGUAUAGAAGAAAAUAAAUCUAUCAAAUCAAAUUCUUUACAAACCAAUUAUAUUUCAGAUGUAACACAUAUAUCAGAUAUAUCUGACAAUGAUUUAUUUAUAUCAGAAGAAGAAAUCGAAAGAAGAAAAAAAGAAAAAAAUAAAUUCUUAUCACCUGAAGAAUAUGCAGAAGAAAAUGAAAGAAAAAUAUGUGAAAGAGAACAAGUUCAAAUAACAAAUAUUCAACAGAUUAAUCCUCGUGCAGCAAUACAAGAUGAAAUCACUAUAUCAAUAGAUACUCCAAUCAAUACAGAUAAUUUACAACCAGUACCUCAAAUAAUACUAUUUACAACAUCUUCUAGACCAGGAAGUUUGAUGAGUAUAUUCAGAUCAUUUAGUAGAUCAUUAACUUUACAAAAUCUUAUGAAUAUAGAUCUACAAAAAGAAUCAUCAACUAAUAUAUUUAAUAAAAUAUUUGGAAUUUUUAAACCAAAAUAA